UGUCAAUAUAUUAUUAGAAGUAAUAGCGGUGAAGAAUAUUUAUGCGAAACGUGGAAAUUCAAUGUUAGCUAACACACAAUGUCUGUCCAAUUGCCAUCGAUUCAGACAGCCAAAUUACCCACAGACGUCCCCAACAAUAUCAUUUCCCUACUCAUUUACUGCGUAGCUGAUAACAGUUUGAUGCUCACUUUGGAUAACGUGAACAGCGACCAUUGGCUUCCGUCUGUGAAAGCUGAUUACAACGUCAGUUGGUCCAGAUUGAUAGGAAAAGAAGCUCAAGAUAUUGUCGGGUCGAAAACUGCGGUGAAAAUUCUACGUCUGUACAAAAUCUGGUAUCCGAGAAAAGAAGGCGAUCUCACGCUAUGGCAUUGCGUUUUCCAGCUUUGCGUCGACAUACCUACGAAGAAUAAAACCAAAAACACAAUGGGCAAGUGGCGCGGUAAAAUCAGGUGGAUCCAGGAAGCCGACCUGCUUGGUUUGUUGCAGUCCAACAGCUUGAGAUCGCCGGAAUUAUUGGAAUUUUAUCAAUUAGCCAGAGAUGUCGAUUUGAACCAAUUAAAUUUCGAUCUUCCCGACGAUAUUAUUUCGAGUAAAAAUAUUUCCGAAAUAACUGAUGACGCUUUGGUGUCGGGAAAGACUACGCUGCUUCAACAACUCGUCGAAGCAUCUGGAAUUGAUAAAUUAGCGCAAGAGGAUAUUUUUAGUAGGGUGUUCUUGAGUUUAUGUUUUCCAGCCACUUAUAUGAGCUUGAGAGCGUUUUCGAAGUUUGUACCCGAAGUUGGAUGGCCUAGACAGCACGCGCAAUUCUUGUUCAGGGCUGCCGAUACAAGCAACAGAUAUGCCAUAUCCUUCAGGGAAUUUUUGUACUUUUUGGCCGCUGUUGAUCCCGCUACAGGCCAUGGAGGCUCUCUGGCAGAGCUUCGCUGCAGAUAUAUGUUCAAAUAUUACGAUCGGGACAAGGACAACUUACUAAAAGCAGAAGAAUUCAAAAACCUAAUAACCGACCUGAGAAAAUCGAAAAAGCUCCCCAUCGACCAGGCCAGCAUCAACAAGGAACUGCAGGAAACUUACAAGGCGUUGGGAGUUCAGGAAAGUCAAAGCAUUAACAUUGGCGAGUUUAUGAAAGGCAUUUGCGAUUUGAAAAUCAGAGGAACUUCGCACAUUUUCCGAUCCCCAACUGGAAUUUUAAAGUUUCUAAAGGACAACAGUGAAAAAUUAGGCUUGUCAGAGCAAGCAAAAGUCACCGCUCCAGUAGUAUUGAGCAUGCAAGUAGCCCAGCAAAAUGGAAAAGCUUCUGCGAAAAAUCCAGAUUAUGAUAUUGCCAUUCAUACAGUGAAAAUACAAAGGAGCGGGCAUGCCAUUAACAUUGACGAAAUGAAAGAGGUCGCAGAAGCAGUUUCGCUGACAACCAUCAAACAAUCAACCAACGAAUACAACAAAAGACUAUCGUUGGACAUUUUCAGUCAACGUUCAGUGUCCAACGAAGUCCUAAAAGGCCUCAGAUAUUUGACGACGAUCAAUAAUAUAACCGAUGCCAAAACUUCGUAUACGUGGGGCCAAUUAGAUCCUGUCACUUAUGCCAAAAAUCUGAUCCAGGUUUCCAAUCAGGUUAGGGAGAUUUUCAGAGGCGAGCCUAGACUUUUGGAGUUGUCGUCUCCGGUGUAUAUUUUAGGGGAUUUUCACGGUAACAUAGCCGAUCUUCUUUGCUUCGAAAGGACUCUGUGGCAUAUAGGUCCAGGUCUUUGUCCAUGCAAUUUACUUUUCCUAGGAGAUUACGUAGAUAGAGGUUCAUUUAGUAUCGAAGUGAUCUCUUAUUUGUUGUCCUAUAAACUACAAAGUCCCAAUAAAGUUUCUCUGUUGCGAGGAAAUCACGAAAUUAGAGAAGUGCAAAAAAUGUUCACGUUUUAUAAGGAAUGUUGUUUGAAAUUGGGCGAUAAGUUGGGCAACGAGGUUUGGAAUGCUGUGAAUAAUGCCUUUGACACUAUGCCGAUUGCCGCUACAAUUGAUGGUAAGAUAUUUUGUUGUCAUGGCGGAGCACCUCCACCCUGGUUAUGUCCAGUGUUAUCUGCAAUAAACGAAAUUCCCGUAGUCCUCAGUCAACCAGAUAGUCAAAGCUCUUUGGCUUGGGAAAUAAUGUGGAACGAUCCUGUAAGACCAAAAACCGUAAAUGAUAAAUUAGCAAUGGAGCUUUUGGCUAACGAAGGAUUCGCGGUGAAUACCAGACGUGGUACUGCUCAUAUAUUCAGCGUCGAAGCUUUGGAAAGGUUUCUGAGAGCCAAUCAGCUUAGCCAUUUAAUUAGAGCUCACGAGGUUGCACAGGCAGGCUUUCACGUCCAACAAAAAGGCAAACUUUUGACGGUCUUCUCGUCUUCGAGAUAUUGCGGAGGAAACAACGAUGCAGCCUGUAUCAUGGCCGAUCAAGGAAAGUUGAGACCUUUACGGUUGGAGACGGACAAUUAGUUGAAAUUUAGGAACCAAAAUUUGCUUAUUGUGCAACUGUGAAAUAAUAUUUUGUAUGUUUCUUUUUGUAAUAAAUGAAAAGUUUAAUUGA